UCAAUACAUUGGAGGUGAAGAAUAAUAAUUUAGGCUUAAUUUAAUUAUUUGGAGAAUAGCUACUUCAAAGAAGAUGUGGCACUUGUUUUUGUGCUGCGUAAAAUGGAUAACACUUCAUGGAAACGGAACGCAAACUUAGCAACCAAAAGGCGCGUUAUUUGUUUGCGUAUCUCCAUGUAGAUUUAUUGAUUUUGUAAUAAAUGUUUACUACGAUUUUACAAUAACUUUUACACCGUUUUAGUUUAUUAUUUUGUGCUUAAUAAUUGAAACUUGAUACUGGAUUGCAACUGGCCGUGUACAAUAUCGGAGCCUGCAGGAGGUUUGCUAGAAAUUAAAAUCAUCAAUAUUAAUAAUAAAACGUUUUAUUACGAUCGGCUGGUACAUUGAGCCCUAAAAUAUACCCUGUUGACGUAGAGCGGUACACAGUAUUUGCACGCUUGACCGCACAAUGUCACACAGAGACAGCAAGGUAGAGGGCAGUUACAUCGACGCGGAUUUCUCCUCCGGCGAUUCUAACCGACCGAAAACCAAACAGCUGUACCAGGAGGAAAACAAUAACGAAGUCAAUGAGCUGUCCAAGGAAUUGUCGGAGAUGGGUUGUAUUGUCGACGCGAUGAAACGGCCCCCUAACAUCUGCGUGGAGACAUGCGUCUAUGACUCGGAGACUGAGGAAGAAAAGAGCAAGUCUAUCGAGGAAGAAGAGGAUGGAUAUUCUGACGAGUUUGAGGAGGACAAAAGCGAGGAGGAAGAGGAGUCGAUCAAAACGCAGCCCAAAUCCGCCAGUGAUAUCAGCAAGAGCCAGACUGUUCCGUCUUCCAUGAAAUUGUCUAAAAGUCAGUCUUCUAUGUCACAUAGGCCUCCAGGCUCGGUUACAGGGCGAUCUACGACUGAUUAUGGGUCAAUAUCAGUCCCGCCAACACGCAGAAUCAACAUGUCUUUCACCAACGAAAGGUUGCGCGAGAUCGAGAGGCACAACCACAUCCUGCUGACCAAGAUCCUCAGCGCGAGGAACAGCAGGAAGUCUUCCAUCCCCCCACGGGAGCAGGCGGCGAGGAAGCCAGUACCUUCAGCUGCGGUGUCGAGAAAGAACCAGCAGCGGCAGAUCGAUCGCGACAACAUGGUGAGGACUUGCAGCCAAAAUAUUGACCAUUGAGUUGUGGUACAGUUAAUGAAGUCUUCCAUCCUCGUCGUAAUCAAGUCUUCCAUCCCCCCACGGGAGCAGGCGGCGAGGAAGCCA